AUGGAUCCGCAAACACUACCACAACAAUCGCCCGACGCAGCAGCAGCAGCAGUUGGCUCGCCGCUCGCCGCCCUCUCCCCCGAACGCCUCAACAACAUGCGCUCCCCACUAAUGCUUCCAACCACCACCACCGGCCGCGGCAGCCUGCCCUGCUCGCCCACCUCGUCCGCCUCCGACAACGGCAGCGGCAGCAACAACACCGACUACUACGGCAGCCUGCGGCUGGGCUCGCCGCCGAAGCUGCGUGCCAGCCACCACGGCCACGCGCGCAACUCGUCGUCAGACGUGCGCGCCGCCGUCGCCCGCUUCGAGCAGCUCGACCACCGCGAGCUGCAUCGCCGCGAUGAAGCGGCUGUGCGGCGCGCUGAGAUGGCGCGCGAGAUGGCGGAGCUGGAUGCCCGGCGGCUGCGCGACGAUAAGGACGGCUUCGAGAAGGAGGCACGCCGGAUCCGUGAGGAGGCGAGGAAGAUGAAGAAGGAGGCUGAGGAGAGCAGGGAGCGGGAGAGGAAGGUCGCGAAGAGGCUGGAGGUCGUCAUGGAGGAGCUGCACCGCGUGAAAGAGACCCACAGCCAUGCCCAGGGUCUGUACGAGAAGGAGAUCCGCAAAGCCCGCAAGGAAGCGUUCAAGUCGUCGUCCGCGUUGGUCAAGAUGCAGGAGGAGCUCAAGGCCACCCGCAACUCGCUCCGCAUCACCCAGUCCGGCCUCGAGUCGGAGAAGAUCAAGUGCGCCAAGCGCGAGCAGGAGGCUUUCCAGGCAGAGUACAAGCUGGUUGGCGUGCAGGAAGAGCUGUCCAAGGCCAGGGAGCAGAUCAAGACUGUCGAGGAGGAGCGUGAUGCUCUGAAGACUAGCCUCAAGGAGGAAGAGGUUGCCAGGAUCGCCGCCGAGGGCCUGAUUGCUCUGCCUGCAUCGAGGCCCGGCGAAGAGGAUGAGUUUGAUUCGCCCAAGAAGACGCCGUCUAAGCUUAGGGUAUGCUCGGGUUCCGACAAGGAGAACUUCAUCCCGUCGAGUCCUUCCAAGAACGCCGAACUCAAGUCUCUCCAUGAGGAUCUGGCUGCCGAGCGUCGCCGCCGUGAGCGUGCCGAGGACACGGUCGAGUUCAUGAAGAUGGAGUGCCAGUUCCAGUGCUGCUCUUGCAGGAUGGCCGAGCUGAACGGCGACAACUAUAUCCACGACGACACUUUCGAAAAGGAGAUGGCCAAGAUCAGGACCAGCCUGCCCGCCUCCAUGACCCCUCCGAUCAGCGAUGGCGGCGAUGCCGACGUUGAUACUACUACCACGUCCAAGCGUUCGGUGCCCGCGAACGUGAGCCGGCCAGCGACGCCGCCUCACUCCGCCACCCUCUCGGACGAGCAACGUGAGUUGCUCUUUUCGCCGUCGACCGGCACUUUCCGCAGCGUCCCCUCGCCCGAAAAAGCGGCGGCUGAAGUAGAGGAGAAACAGCAGAUCGAAGAUGUUGAGAUGACCGACAUCGACGCACCACCCAUGGAGGUUGCUGCCCCGGCGGCACCAGCCUCUCUCCCCACACCAGUGGAGCCCGCCCCCAUGGAGAUAGAGCAGGCCGCCGCUUCCGCCCGAGCCUCCCAAGUCUCCCGGGCCUCCCAAGCCUCCCGAGCCUCCAGCCGCCCUCCUUCUCCACCUCGCACUCCUGGCCCUGAGCGCGGCCGAAGCAGCACCUCGCACGCGCACUACUACUACCGCCACGCGUCCAACGCAUCGUCAUCAUCCUACGCCGCCUCCACCUCCGCCGCCUCCGAGAGGCCUGCCCACAACAACAACACCAACAACUUCUUCCACCGCACCGUCACGACCACCACCACCAUCCCCAUGUGCUUCGACUCGCCCAAGCCCGCCUCCUCCUCCAACCAUCACCACUUCCACACCGUCUCCCGCUCCACCUUCACCCCGUCGUCCCGUCCGAGCGUGCACGACGCCUUCGCGACGCCGACGGCGGCUGAGAAGGCCACCUUGCACCGCACGCCAUCGUUCAAGGACCGUCCGUUUGACCGUGAGGUCGCGCUCGAGAAGAUCCAGGAGCGGAGGCGGCGCGCGCGGAGUGUGGCUGAGGGCAAGGCGACGCCGCGGAGGCCGAUGGUGGAUGCUUCGUCGAGGAGGGAGGUUUCGGCGCCGAUGUGA